GCCGGGGGGGCGGGCCUGAGUUCCAGCACGCAUGCUCAAGGAGUUGCGCAAUAUCCUGGCCGAACACAUGUACUGCUGGUACACUGCUAAGCUUUUAUGCAAUCAUGGCGCAGUUUGAUCAAGAACCUUCCAACUCAGAUGGCCCCUGGAGUGCCGGUGCAGAUGCUGGUGGGGAUAACGAAUCUUCAGGGAUGGCGAUCGAGAUCGAGUCCAACUGGGACCAGGUUACUGAGAAGUUUGAUGACAUGGACCUCAAUGAGCAGCUUCUCAGAGGAAUCUAUGCUUAUGGUUUCGAAAAGCCUUCUGCUAUUCAACAAAGAGCCAUCGUCCCCUGUAUCAAAGGCCGUGAUGUGAUAGCUCAGGCCCAGUCUGGUACUGGUAAGACAGCCACGUUCACCAUCUCCAUCCUGCAACAGAUAGACAUGUCCAAGAAACAGUGCCAGGCUCUAGUUCUUGCGCCCACCAGAGAGCUUGCUCAGCAGAUAAAGAAGGUGGUGAAUGCACUGGGUGACUACAUGGAUUGUGAUUGCCAUGCCUGUAUUGGAGGCACCAGUGUCAGGUCUGACAUUAUCAAACUAGAGGGUGGUGUACAUGUGAUUGUGGGGACUCCAGGUCGUGUCCUGGACAUGAUCUCCAGGAAAAGUUUAGAUCCCAAGACCAUCAAAAUCUUUGUACUGGACGAGGCCGAUGAAAUGCUGUCACGAGGGUUCAAGGAUCAGAUCUAUGAUAUAUUCCGCAAGCUCCCUUCUGACAUACAAGUGAACCUUCUCUCUGCCACCAUGCCCGCUGAUGUGCUCGAGGUGACCAAGCGCUUCAUGAGAGAUCCUAUACGCAUCCUAGUCAAGAAGGAAGAGCUGACACUGGAGGGAAUCAAGCAGUUCUAUAUCCAGGUGGAGAAAGAGGAGUGGAAGCUGGACACUCUGUGUGAUCUCUACGAAACACUCACCAUCACACAAGCUGUCAUCUUUGUCAACACUCGUCGGAAAGUUGACUGGCUCAUGGAGAAAAUGCAUUCUCGAGACUUCACUGUCUCCGCUAUGCAUGGAGACAUGGAGCAGAAGGAUCGAGAUGUCAUCAUGAAGGAGUUCAGAUCUGGCUCCUCAAGAGUCCUCAUUGCCACUGAUCUGCUGGCUAGAGGUAUUGAUGUUCAACAGGUCUCACUGGUUAUCAACUAUGAUUUACCAGCCAAUAGGGAAAAUUACAUUCACAGGAUUGGCCGUGGUGGUCGAUUUGGUCGUAAAGGAGUAGCCAUCAACUUCAUCACCCGUGAGGAUGAAAGGAUGCUCAAGGACAUAGAGACCUUUUACAACACUGUCGUCUCUGAGAUGCCUAUGAAUGUGGCAGAUCUUAUCUGAGCAGCAUCAUGGCUAGGGACUACUUUUACUGAUAGCUAGUAUAGCACAAAAGUCCAAACAAUAAUUAUAAAAAUGGAAAAACUCUGAAACUUUGAUAUUGCUGUUUCACAUUAAUAAUUAUAAUAAUUAAUUUUGUGGUUUUAUGUUGAAUAUUUAUCCUUAUUGGUUUAUAUUGA